UGGAGGCAUGCGUCCCGUUAGUCAGGGCUGGCUGCACAGUGUUGAGGGGGCGAGAGGGGACCAGUGGCCCGGGGAUGCUGCCCUCCUCCUCCUCCUCCUCUUCGUUCUCCUCCUCUAGAGCCCCAGCACCUCCUUUCCUCUCCUCACCUCUCUGCAAUCAGACAUGAUCCAUAUGUGGAUGCCAGAAGUCUGAGACAGCGACAAAUGGCGUCUCCCCAAAGCGGCCUACGUAUCCAAGGCGAUGACAACUUGCAGUCCAUGUUUGUGGGCGCCAUGAUGCGGAAGAUCAAGUCGCGCUCGUGGAAGAAGCAGCGCUACUUCCGGCUGCAGGAGGACUGCAUGACCAUCUGGUACAAGUCCCAUAAGGCCGUCAAGGCCCACUCCACCUUCUCUGUGAGUGACGUGGAGGCGGUGCGAGAGGGCCACCAGUCUGAGGUGUUGAAGAGCAUCGCCGACGAGUUCCCGCCCGACCGCUGCUUCACGCUGGUGUUCCGCGGUCGCCGGGGCAACCUGGACUUGGUGGCCGAGUCCGCGGAGGAGGCCCAGCUGUGGGUGCGGGGCAUGAGGAAACUCAUGGACAACGUGGAGAGCAUGGGCGAGAGCGAGAGGCUCGACCAGUGGAUCUGCGACUGGUUCAGGAAGGCGGAUAAGAACAAGGACGGCCGCAUGAACUUCAAGGAGGUGCGGGACCUGCUGAAGAUGAUGAACGUGGAGAUGAACGAGCAGCACGCGCUGCGCCUCUUCAGGACGGCUGACAAGUCUCAGUCGGACACGCUGGAGGACGACGAGUUUGUGCAGUUCUACAAGAUGCUGACCAAGCGCAAGGACGUGCUGCGCAUCUUCCAGGCCUACUCGGGGGACGGCCAGAAGCUGACGGUGCCUGAGCUGGAGGAGUUCCUCCGGGCAGAGCAGCUGGAGGACCAGGCGGGGCAACGCAGAGCCCUGGAGCUCAUACAGCGCUUCGAACCAUCAGACACUGCCAAGAACCUGCAGGCCAUGACGAUUGAUGGCUUCCUGAUGUACCUGUGCUCCGCCGAGGGCUCCAUCUUUAACCCGCGUCAGCAGGGCGUCUACCAGGACAUGAGCCGCCCCCUGUGCCACUACUUCAUAUCCUCCUCCCACAACACAUACCUGCUGGAGGACCAGCUACGCGGACACAGCAGCGUCGAGGGAUACAUACGGGCUCUAACGAGGGGUUGUCGCUGUGUGGAGGUGGACUGUUGGGACGGCCCUAACGGAGAGCCCAUCGUCUACCACGGCCACACACUCACCUCUAAGAUCCUCUUCAAGGACGUGGUCAACGCCCUGGACAACUACGCUUUCAAGGUAUCGGAGUACCCGGUCAUCCUGUCCAUUGAGAACCACUGUGGUGUGGAGCAGCAGCGCGUCAUGGCCCAGCACCUCAACCAGAUCCUGGGAGACAAGCUGCUCAAGAGCGCCGUGGACGGACGCAUCUCCACCAGCUUCCCCUCGCCUGAGGACCUGAAGGGCAAGAUCCUGCUGAAGGGGAAGAAGAUUGGGGGUCUGGAGGAGAGCAUGGGGAUGGUGGUGGAGGAGAUGCUGCCAGGGGACGUGACCGACGAGGACGACAGUGGGGAUAUGGAGGACGACAACCAGCAUCACGAGAACAUGCGCAGGCACGCCAAGAAAUCUAAACAGGGCCUUUGUAAGGAGCUGUCGGACUGUGUGGUCUACUGCAAGAGCGUGCGCUUCAGCAGCUUCAAGCACUCGCGCAUCCACGCCAAAUUCUACGAGAUCUCCUCUUUCACCGAAUCCAAGGCCCGGAAAUUUAUGCACGAAACGGGAGCUGAGUUUGUGUGUCACAACGCAAGACAACUCUCCCGGAUCUACCCAAGUGGCUUACGAACAGCCUCCUCAAACUUCAAUCCACAGGACAUGUGGUGCGUAGGUUGCCAAAUAGUUGCGCUGAACUUCCAGACGGCAGGGGUGGAGAUGGACCUCAACGACGGGCUCUUCAGUCAAAAUGGCCGCUGCGGCUACGUCCUCAAACCGGAUAUCAUGAGGGGUUCAACGAGAGGGUUCGACCCUGAACAUCCACAGAACCACGAUGCAUAUCAGCCCGUCAGUCUAUCCAUACAGGUCAUAAGCGGACAGCAGCUUCCAAAGGUCAACAUUAAGGAGGGCUCGAUUGUAGACCCUCUUGUGAGGGUGGAGAUCUAUGGGGUUCCCAUGGACCAAGCCAAACACGAGACGAGAUACAUUGAAAACAAUGGGUUUAAUCCGGUGUGGUACGACACGCUCAACUUCACCAUCCACACCCCCGAGCUGGCCCUGGUGCGCUUCCUGGUGGAGGACUACGACAAGGCCUCCAAGAACGACUUUGUGGGCCAGUACACUCUGCCGCUCACAUGCAUGCAGCAAGGAUACCGGCACAUACACCUCCUGUCCAAAGAUGGGACCAGCCUUCACCCAGCCUCGCUGUUUGUAAACAUCAAGAUCACCAAGCUCAACUAUAAUCAGCCCUCCACUUGAGCCAUUUUCUCCUUUUAACAACAAAAUGGCAACACAAAAGAACAAUUCUGCCCGAGAUGAAGGAUUUUGACAUGGAUAACUAACGGACUGUGAGGAACUGGAUACUGAACAGACAAUUAAAAUCUUCCACAUCAUUAUGAACAGAAUGUUUAUAAAGAAUAAUUACGCCAAAGUUUUUCUUUUUCUUUUUGUUUUGUUUUGUAGCUCUUAAAUAACAGAUGUGUGGUUUUGCUUUCAAAAAACUUCCUUGUUUAUUUCAAUUGACCAGAUGUUUAUACCGGUGUAAUGUGUGCCUGGAACUGCCCAUUGCUAUUAGUGGCCCAGGGGUUGACCAUAAGUUAGUAAAUCAAUUACCCUUUAAAGACCAUAACUUAGUCAGUACAUAUCUUAAAAGGUUUAAACUACAUCAUGAUGACAAACAUAGGUUUUUGACAAAAAAAAUAUAUAGUAUAGUAAUAAAACGACUAAUAACAUCAGUAUAAGGGUGUGCAUGUAGUGUAAUAUAACUGUGUGAAUUCCAUACAUAGGAGACAUAGUCUGAAGUUAUGAAAGCAACUGUGUAGCCUGUUUUAUAGUCAGCUCAGAGCAACACUACAACCCUUUGAGGAGGAAGUAUCCCCCC